AUCCUCCAAAAGCUCUCUCUCUCUCUCUCUCUCUAUCUCUCUCUCUCUCACCAAUCAAUCACUAAUAUGAAAAGGGAAACGGAUGAUGAGAGGCUAUAUGUGCCAAGUGGAGGAGGAGGAAGCCCAGAAACCCCAUGCAGUUUAAAGAGCAGUACUACUGCUACUGCAUGUGCAAGUGCUAGUAACAACAACAACAAUCACCAACACCACAACCACCACAACAAAGAACAAGAUAGGUUCCUUCCCAUCGCCAACGUCGGUCGCAUUAUGAAGAAAGUGAUUCCGGGCAACGGAAAAAUCUCAAAAGAUGCAAAGGAAACUGUCCAAGAAUGCGUCUCCGAGUUCAUCAGCUUCGUUACAGGAGAAGCAUCCGACAAAUGCCAAAGAGAAAAGCGCAAGACCAUCAACGGCGAGGACAUCAUUUGGGCUAUCACAACGCUCGGGUUCGAGGAUUAUGUACAUCCAUUAAAAUCGUACCUCCAUAAAUAUAGAGAUCUCGAAGGAGAAAAGCUAAACGUUCCAAAGCAACAAAGAUCGGAGCAAAGGCUGCACCAGCAACAACAACAACCAGAUCAACACGAUCAUCACAACCAAACUUUACUACCUUACGAUAAUAAUAGUAGUAGCAGUGUAUAUUCUUCGACGACGAAUGUCAUAUCUCAGCCGUCAUUCAUGGCUGAUCAUCAUCAGGCCUUUUCUUUGCCUUUCUCCCCAAGUUCAAUUCAAAAACAGUUUCAGCCACAACAGGAUCAGAUUGAUUCAGUGGGGCAUUGGUAAGAAGAUAUUCAAUCGGGCCUUUUCUCUUCGUUGUUGCUUGAGUUUCCCCGGCCUACCUACCCUCCUUAUACAUACACAUAUAUACAUAUAUAUAUAUAUAUAUAUAUAUCUAUAUCGUGCUAAUCAAUAC